AUGUACAAGGCAAGGAGGCAAGCCUCACUCAAAGUGCGGCGACGGGUCGGGAAGUAUGAGCUCGGGCGGACGAUCGGGGAAGGGACGUUCGCCAAGGUCCGGUUUGCAAAGGACACCGAGUCCGGGGAUCCUGUCGCCAUCAAGAUCCUUGACAAGGCCAAGGUUCAGAAGCAUGGGUUGGUCGAGCAGAUUAGACGAGAAAUCUGUACGAUGAAGCUGAUACAGCACCCCAAUGUUGUCCGCCUGCAUGAGGUGAUGGGAAGCAAGGCAAGAAUUUUCAUCGUUCUGGAAUAUGUCACGGGUGGAGAGCUCCAUGAUAUCAUCGCUGCCCGUGGAAGCUUGAAGGAGGAUGAAGCCCGCAGAUACUUUCAGCAAUUGAUCAACGCUGUUGAUUAUUGCCAUAGCAGGGGUGUAUACCACCGAGAUCUGAAGCUAGAGAAUUUGUUGCUUGAUACUGCUGGGAACCUCAAGGUCUCAGACUUUGGCUUAAGUGCGAUAUCUGAGCAGGCGAAGGCUGAUGGGUUACUACAUACUACAUGUGGGACACCUAACUAUGUUGCUCCCGAGGUUAUCGAAGAUAAGGGCUAUAAUGGUGCGCUUGCAGACCUUUGGUCUUGUGGGGUAAUUCUUUUUGUGAUGCUUGCUGGGUAUCUGCCUUUUGAGGAUGACAACGUCUCAGCCCUUUAUAAAAAGAUCUCUGGAGCUCAGUUUACUUGUCCCUCGUGGUUUUCUGAUGGAGCUAAAAAGCUGAUUCCCAGGAUUCUGGAUCCCAGUCCUUCUACUCGGAUAACUAUCCCUCAACUAUUAAAAGAUCCAUGGUUCAAAAAAGGGUACAAGUCACCUGUUUUUUAUGAGAAAUAUCAAACUAGUUUGGCUGAUGUUGAUGCUGCUUUCGGAGACUCAGAAGAAAAACAAGUUAAGGAGGAAAUCGAAGGGCAGCCAGCUUCGAUGAACGCAUUUGAGUUGAUAUCACUGAAUAAGGGACUGAAGCUAGAUAAUUUUUUUGAAGCUGAUAAGAAGUACAGAAGAGAAACAAGAUUUACAUCGCAAUGUCCUCCUGAAGAAAUCAUCAGUCGGAUAGAAGAAGCUGCUAAGCCACUUGGCUUUGACAUCCAAAAGAAGAACUACAAGAUGCAAAUGAAGAACCUAGAAGCAGGAAGAAAAGGAAACCUAAAUGUUGCAACUGAGGUCUUCCAAGUGGCUCCAUCUUUGUUUGUUGUUGAGCUGAAAAAGGCAAAAGGAGAUACUCUGGAAUUUCAGAAGUUCUAUAAAACACUCUCUGCGCAGAUAAAGGAUGUUGUUUGGGUUUGCGAGAGUGAGGUUGAAGAAAGAGGCUCCACAUAA